AUGCCAAAACGUUCGGUGGUCUCUUUCGCCGACGACAUUGCUUCAGGUUCUGGAACCAAUAAACGUAUAGCAUUGUCAAAUGAAGACGGUGAUGAAUUCGAUCUGCCGGAGGGCGAUGAUCGGCAAACGGAGCGUGAGGUAGUCUUUCCUUUAAUUUCAUUGUUUUCUUAUGAUUUUUAUGGUUUUGUACAUGUCGUUGCGGAAAUCUUAUUACAAUCCCUUCAACUUGCUCGUGCUUCUCAGUAGAU